GUAGUACUGCACUACUACACUACCUUCAACCAGACUACUUAUAAAAAAAUAUAUUCAUUAUUUAAUUAAGGCAUCUGCCGUCUAUCAGAAUUCGUUCAACCCCAAAGUUGCUUAUUAAUGUGUAGUUAACAAGAUUAGAAAUUUAAUUUUUCGUAAUGUCUUCAAUCAUGAUGGACGAUAGUGGAAUAGACAGUGAUACUACAAAGCGUCAUAAAACUACAGUUGAAGAAAAUGGCAUAAACAGCGACGAGGACAGCAACACAAGUGAUUGUUCGAUGAGAGUUACAAAACCUUCAUUUUUCCAGAAAAAAUUGGAACAAUAUGCUAAACCAGGUUUGAUGGAAUAUAACCAAAUGGCUGUUCCUAAUAGCAAAUCAUCCAAGAUAGAUAAAUUACCAGUGUUAGUAGAUUGGGAUUCAUCUGACAGUGAAAUGGAAAUACGGUUUUUUCCUGGACCUAAGGCUAGACAAACAUUGAGCGAUACUUUCAGUCUACAAGAAUUUCAUGGGUCUAUAGAAUCUGAGGACUUAGACUUGAUACCACCACAACAUGCAACUAAAACUGAUAAUCAAUGUUGCAGUUUGGUUUUGCAGAGAUGUACAAUUCUUUGAGAUUUUUAUUAAUUUUUAUUACUUAACAAAACUUCCACAAAAAUAUAUGACAUAUACAAUUUACCAUAUUAUAUAAAAAAAAAUCAAACUUACCAAUAAGUGUUGUGUUGACCAGCUUUAGUAAUAUUGACUGAUGUUAGAAGCUGCAAUGACCAAUUUUGGUUUCUUUUAUGAAUAUUUAAUUAUUAUGUUUUUUUUUUUGUUUUGUCAAUAAAUAUUGUUAUUAAAAAAAAAAAAAA